UGUGCGAACGUGCCCAGUUGCAGCAAUGGCAGAGCUGCAGAUGAAAUUUCUUCGGAAGAAAAUUCAGAAACGGAAUGAAAAGAACAAAGAACGUAAAUUAUCCAGGAAACGGGGUCAAGUUGAAGAGACUGUGGAAACAAACGGACUGGACGAGCAAUGUUGUGAUGAGACUGGUCAAAAGACCACAGCAACAUCUGAAGUCAACACCCAGCCUCAGAUGCAAAAGACCGUCCCCCUAAAACAAGAUGCCACAGAUGAGAGUCACAUGAAGAAGAAGAAGAAGAAGAAAAAGAGGAAGCUCAAUGAUACGGCCGAACCACCAGCUGAAAAGAAGGCCAAAGCCGUCAAAGAAAGAGAGGAGGAAACGCAGAUGGAGUAUGAGGAGGAACUAAUGGAAGAAGAUGCAGAUGCUGGACAGGUAAAUGACAAAGCCGAGGAAGACGAGUCACUGAAUGAAGAGGAUGGUGAUGAAGAUGGGAAAAGUGCAGAUGAAGAGAAAGAAGGGGAUGAUGAAGAGGUGGACGGACCGGAAUUACCAACUGGUUUAACAGGAGCCUUUGAAGACACGUCGUUUGCCUCUCUUGCUGAACUGGUGAGUGAGAACACAUUGAAGGGAGUGAAGGAGAUGGGAUUUGAACACAUGACUGAGAUCCAGCACAAAAGCAUUCGCCCCCUCUUGGAGGGAAGGGAUGUUUUGGCUGCAGCCAAGACAGGCAGUGGUAAAACUUUGGCCUUCCUUAUCCCCUCCAUUGAACUCAUCUACAAACUCAAGUUCAUGCCCCGUAACGGUACGGGUGUAGUUAUACUGUCACCCACACGUGAGUUGGCUAUGCAGACGUAUGGUGUAUUGAAAGAGCUGAUGACACACCAUGUGCACACGUAUGGCCUGAUCAUGGGUGGCAGCAACCGCUCAGCUGAGGCACAGAAACUGGCAAACGGUGUCAACAUCCUGGUGGCCACACCGGGCCGACUGCUGGACCACUUGCAGAACACCCCCGGGUUUCUGUUCAAGAAUCUGCAGUGUCUGAUCAUUGACGAGGCCGACCGUAUCCUGGAGGUGGGCUUUGAGGAGGAGCUCAAGCAGAUCAUCAAAUUGCUGCCAAAGAGGAGACAGACCAUGCUGUUCUCAGCCACACAGACCCGUAAGGUGGAGGACCUGGCCCGCAUCUCCCUGAAAAAGGAGCCCCUCUAUGUUGGUGUGGACGAUAACAAAGACACGGCUACUGUUGAUGGCCUGGAGCAGGGUUAUGUAGUGUGUCCAUCAGAGAAGCGUUUUUUGCUGCUCUUCACCUUCUUGAAGAAAAACCGUAAGAAGAAGUUGAUGGUCUUCUUCUCUUCCUGUAUGUCGGUCAAGUUCCACUAUGAGCUGCUCAACUACAUUGACCUGCCUGUCAUGGCCAUCCAUGGCAAGCAGAAGCAGACCAAGCGUACCACAACCUUCUUCCAGUUCUGCAACGCCGACUCUGGAAUCCUGCUUUGUACAGAUGUGGCAGCCCGAGGUCUGGACAUCCCUGAGGUAGACUGGAUCGUCCAGUACGACCCACCCGAUGACCCCAAGGAAUAUAUCCACAGGGUUGGCAGAACAGCCCGUGGCAUUGAUGGUCAAGGCCAUGCCCUGCUGAUUCUCCGGCCUGAGGAGCUUGGCUUCCUUCGCUUCCUCAAACAGGCCAAGGUCCCACUGAACGAGUUUGAUUUUUCAUGGUCUAAAAUUUCUGAUAUCCAGUCACAGUUGGAGAAGCUGAUUGAAAAGAACUACUUCCUUCACAAAUCAGCCCAGGAGGCCUACAAGUCCUAUGUUAGGGCUUAUGAUUCACACUCGCUCAAACAGAUCUACAGCGUCAACACCCUUAACCUUCCCAUGGUGGCAGUCUCCUUUGGCUUUAAAGUGCCCCCUUACGUCGAUCUCAAUGUAAACAGCAGUAAAGGAAUGAAGUUGCAAAAAAGAGGUGGUGGCGGCGGCUUUGGCUACCAAAAGUCCAAGAACGUCCACAAGUCCAAGAUCUUCAAACAUGUCAACAAGGGCAAGGGGGACAAAAGGCAAUUCUCUCGCUGAAAUUCCCCCCUACAAGCUAUCAAGGAGGCUUCCUGGACUUGCUAUUCCCCACUUAUGUCUAUGCCCAUGGAGAAUGGCCUCUUUCCACUUGUAUUUAAUGUGUAUAGGGUGUCUCAGUGGUGAAUUAGGCACAUUUCUGUGUUUUGACCUUAUGUCAGACAUAUCUGGGGCCCAAAUUUGAGAUUAUUUAACUAGUAUUUUGUCACAGACAUCAAACUUUUUACUGUCAGCUGCAUUCCUCUUGUCAUGUUUGCUACCAUGAAUUCUGAUCAACAGAAGUUCAGAAAAUUCCCUGUUGUACUAUGAGACUUGAUCUACAUGUAUUCUUUCAGAGGUUUUAAACCUUUUUAAAUACAAAUGUGGGAAGCUGACUUGCAA